AUGUCUACUUUUUUGGACAAACGCGACCCGAAGACGCUCGAUGAGGCACUUGUGUAUGCAGGACACAUAGAAGAUCGCAUCAAGUAUCAGGAGAGGACGAGAGCAGCUGCCACAUUCCAUAUCUCAAGGCGAAAGGAGUCUCCUUUAGAGCGACCUCGCUCACCCAGUCCCUAUUCGUUGCAAAUGACGAAAAUGGAAACAAGAGAAUCCAAGCUUUGUAAAGGAUCAGGUCUAAACAACUCUUACGACAAAGAAGAAUUCUCAACCACGGAAAGCUCAUCAGCAGAUGGUGAAGAUAGUGACGAUUCUGAAGCCCCGGUAUUUCGAAAAGCCUACACCGUUUUACCCAGUUCAGAACCAUCAAUUGUUAAAACAACCCCUUCUCCUAAAACUGCACCUCCUAAGAUCCCAAUUCAGAAUCCGCCGUUCCUCCCUCUACACGAUCCAGUAGUGGACGUGUAUGUGGAUGGCGCGAGCAUCUUUCAUAAGGAAGUUCAGAAUACUAGGGCAGGAAUAGGAGUAUGGUUUGGCUCAAAUCACGCCUUAAUUAUUUCAAAGCAAAUUCAGGGUCGACAAACCAAUAAUCGUGCUGAAAUAUAA